AUGUCUGCGCCGAAUAUCGACUCUCUCGCUGGCCAGGGCGAGUUCCAUAGUAAGAAAGCCGGCGCAGAGCCCCUCACACAUAAGGGACACAAGCCAGGAGUCAAGGUUGGAAACGACGCCGCUCCUGAGUUCAACGCCGAGGUGCACGACUCCGGCACUGCCCCAAGCAAGGAUGCCUUUACGCCCAAUGCGGAGUCAGAGGUGCCAGGGCAAGCCCAGAAUGACGCCGCGACAGCACGAACAGACGCCCUGAGCAGCCUCCCUGGCGCAACGUCCGGCUCGAUCCACAACGCGACAGAGUUUGGCAAGCCGGCGCAAGGCGAGACGAGCGCGGAAGCACACGGCAACCAGAAGCAGAGCCGCACAGGCAACGAAGGUCGCAUCCAGCCCGGUCAGUCCCUGGAGACAGGUGAUGGCUCCGUCGAGGGCAAGGCUCGGGCGAUAGGGGCUGACCUCGACGGCCGCGCAGGAGAGCUGAAGGGACAGAAGGGAGCUAGCGGUGCUUCUGAGGGUGGUGUCAACUGGCCCGGCGCCGAGAGUGCUGAGCCUGUCGGCGCGGAGGAGCUUGCUGCUGAGAGACAAUGA